AUGCAGGAUCUCACCGGGGCUGUAGGCCAGGGCCGUGGCUCCAAUGGACACCACGGUGUACGAUUCGGCCAUGCUUCGAAGCCAUCAAACAGCGACACUGGCUUCUCGCACGGAGCCUUUACAUCGAACGUCUCGGGAUUUGCUGACCGCCACCCUCGUCGUGGCAAUGUCCCCUCUCUGAACACCCAGACGAUGAACCAGGCACAGGCUAUACCUGCGGCUGGUGCCGAUAUUGCAACACCUGGUACUGCUUUCGACAUGCAAUUUACACCCUUGCUGCCGUCCCAGCUGCUCCUCGGAAGUCCGUUUCAGCCUGGAUCCCCCGGUGCAUUCAGCAGCCCUCAGUUCCAGCAGGUGCACAAUUUUCAGGCUCAGGGUCAGCAGCAGCAGCAGCAGCAACAACAGCAGCAGCAUCAGCAACAGCAGAGCCAGAUGAACCACCAGCGGAAUGCUGGCAUGGCCAGCCCUGUUCAGCAGAACAUGUCCCCUCAGCAGUAUCAGGCCAUGGUUUCGCCCUCCGCCUAUGGUGCUCCUCACUUCUAUGCGGCCCCUCAAUCACCUACGGGCAACUACUCGAUGCAGCCGCCGAUGCAGCCUAGCUCGCCCGUUCACAUGAACGCAGGUGCGGUCACUGGCACCAGCCGCACUGUGUAUCUGGGCAAUAUUCCACCUGAUACUGUAGCCGAGGAAAUUCUGGGUCACAUUAGGAGUGGGCAGAUUGAAUCCGUCCGUCUGUUGCCGGACAAGAACUGUGCUUUCAUCUCCUUCUUGGAUGCUAGCUCCGCCACCCACUUCCACUCUGAUGCCAUCUUGAAAAAGCUCUGCAUCAAGGGGCAGGAUAUCAAGGUCGGUUGGGGCAAGCCGUCUCAGGUUCCGACCUCGGUGGCAUUGGCUGUGCAACAGUCCGGGGCCUCACGCAACGUCUACUUGGGCAACCUGCCCGAGGAUAUCGCCGAAGAGGAGAUACGCGAGGAUCUGGGCAAGUUUGGUGCUAUUGAUACCAUCAAACUUGUCCGUGAGAAGAAUAUUGCUUUCGUGCACUUUCUCUCCAUUGCGAAUGCCAUCAAAGCCGUUGGCCAGCUCCCGCAGGAGCCCAAGUGGCAGGCUCCUCGCCGCGUGUACUACGGCAAGGACCGAUGCGCCUACGUCUCCAAAACACAGCAGCAGAAUGCCGCCCAGUAUCUGGGUAUCUCUCCGGGCUAUGCUCACAUGCUGACAGGUGCUGACCGUGACUUUAUCUCCAGCACCCUGGCUCAGCAAUCGGUGGCUGCUGCUGCUGUCGCCACUACUGCCGGUGGCAUCAACAACCUCGGCAACCGUACGAUUUACCUGGGCAACAUUCACCCCGAGACGACGAUUGAGGAGAUUUGCAACGUUGUGCGAGGGGGGCUCUUGCAUCAUAUCCGCUACAUCCCGGACAAGCACAUUUGCUUCGUCACUUUCAUCGAUCCCACAGCCGCCGCUUCAUUCUACGCUCUGAGCAACCUCCAAGGGCUAAUGAUCCAUAACCGACGACUCAAGAUCGGCUGGGGCAAGCACUCUGGUGCUCUCCCGCCUGCGAUUGCCAUGGCUGUUAGCGGCGGCGCUUCUCGGAACGUGUACAUUGGCAACCUGGACGAGACUUGGACGGAGGAAAGACUGCGCCAAGACUUCUCCGAGUACGGCGAAAUCGAACUCGUCAAUGCUCUUCGGGAGAAGAGCUGUGCUUUUGUCAACUUCACUAACAUUGCCAAUGCCAUCAAGGCCAUUGAGGCGGUGCGUGGAAAGGAGGAGUACAGGAAGUUCAAGGUGAACUUUGGCAAGGAUCGCUGUGGCAAUGCGCCCCGCCAGAUGCACAACUCACAAUCGCCCCGUGGUGACGGCGGCACAUCGCCGCCUCCCCAGGGCGACAACGGCCGUGGUGGUUCGCCCACCGGGCAGUUUGGAGUGAACAACAACCCUCUGACAAUGUACCUGAACCAGUUGUCCCAGCAGGCACAGCAGCAGCAUCACCAGCAGAACUAUGCCGCUCAGCAGAGCGCCCUCUUCGGAUCCUCUCAGCAGUCCCCCAGUGACCUCGGCAUCGACGUUGCCCCACAGAUCCAACAGGCGCAGCUGGGCGGCCACGGUCAAUCCGCCAGCAUCUCGAACGGGUAUCCAGCGAAUGGUGCCAUGUCCGGCGCGACGACGAUUGGUGGACUGCUGGCUCCCAAUGCUCGCGGCCAGCACAACCGAGCCGUCAGCCUGCCCGCUCUUGCACCUGGUUUCGAGAACGGAGGCAACAGCCCCAACAGCGUCCCGGGUAGCAAUGGAAGUGACGGCGAGCGUCGUGGCCAUGGAUACCAAGCCAGUUACGGUGGGAUGGGAGGCGGUUUCGGCCUCGCCAUCCAGGGCGGCCUCAACGGCUGGGUUGAGGAGGAAGUGGCCAACUAA